AUGUAAAAUUGGAGCAAAUCAAAAAUUUAUUCGCUUUCAUGAAGUAAGGGGAUUUUAUUUCCGGUUCAGACCCAGGACAGCAGUCUUAAUUUGACUGGCUUCUGAUUGGUUAAAAUUACACCAAAACGUGAGACACACGCGGGAGAGACGGGACGAAUUUGACUAAAUUUGCUUUUUUUCUGUUAAAAUGGUUAUUUUAACGAACUUUCCGCCACCAACAGAAGGUAUUAGACACCAACAAGACAACACAGCGGCUGUCAUAGAUCAGAAAGAAUUAGGAAAUGGCACAAUUUUCAUUGCAGAAAGUCGUUUAUCAUGGAGAGGCGUAGAUGGAUCUGGUUUUUCAUUAGAAUAUAAAUCAAUUAAUCUCCACGCUGUAUCUCGUGAUUUAUCAGCCUUCAGAUCAGAAUGUUUAUAUCUUAUGCUGGAUGGAAAAAUAUUAGAAGAUGAAGAAAUGCCAGCAAAUGGAAAUGGGAAUGAAUCAGAUGAGUCUGAAGAGGAAAAUCCAAUAACAGAACUUCGUUUUGUACCCAGUGAUAAAGGAGCCUUAAGUGCCAUGUAUCAAGCUAUGAAAGAAUGUCAGUUAUUACAUCCAGAUCCACAAUCAACCGAUUCAGAAGCAGAAGAAGAAGAAUCUGAGUUUUAUAAUACUGCGGAUGGUUUAGAUCAUUUAACAAGUCAUGGUACAGCCACAUUACAACAUAUUGAUAGUAUAUUAGAGGCUGGUCAAGGUGAUGCACAACAACAACCACGCAGUAAUGGAAAUACAGAACCAAUGGAUCAAGGACAGUUUGAUGAUGCAGAAAUGGAGGGUUGACGUUUCUUUUCCUGUCCGCAGUAUUCAUUCAUCAAGUUCAUCAACAAAUACAUUAAACCCAUCCUUCAUUUGUGGACCCAUUACAAGACAGUUUGAAUAUUACAAAUUUACAUGGAGUUUAAAUAUUAUCUGGAAUCAAAAUAUAUCAUUUCAAGAUAUUUCAAAUUUCAUGAAUAACUUAAACAGACAUUAUCCAAGAGCUAAAUCUGCCAAUUGCAGGUCUUUGUUUAGGCCAGAAAUGUUAUCUAAAUUAUUAAUUAGACAUUUAUAAACAUGACAAGACUAUAAUCGACUCUUGAUGGUAUCAGAUGGUUCUGAUUUUAAGUAGAUUAGAAAGGUUUGGCCAUUUAAUAAUUUGAUUUAAAAAUGUAGAAGUGAGGCUAAGACUCGAAUAACCAGUGCAGUGGUUACGAUCAAUGCACACAUCUUGUCAAAACUACAACCAUUGAUAACUUCGCUCAAAAUAAAGUAAUUUGAAUGAAAUCUUCAAUAUAUUCAUUUUGUAUUAUCUAUUUUUGAAAUAUAACAAGAACGACCAGCUCUUCAUUUAAAUUUUACAUAAUGUCUGUUUAAGCUAUUGUCUGUUUAAAUCAAGUAUGGAUAAUUAUAACAGUUAUUCUGUAGGUAGGGGGGGUGGAUGGCUAAGUGGUUAGCACGUGCGCGCUGUAUCAUUAAGUCUGUCAUUGAGUCAACUGGCGUGGUUUCGAAUCCCCGGUUGUACGUGACAAGGAAUAGGGUCGCUUGUCCAACCUUGUGGGUUUUCUCCGGGUUCUCCGGUUUCCUCCCACUGCUAAAGACCCCUACGCGCAAGCGAAUUAUUGAAAUAAAAUUGAACCAUGUGCUAGUCCCAAAAUGACCUAGUUUGUGUCGAGUGGACGUUAAACCCCAUCUCUCUCUCUCUCUCUGUGUUUAUGUAGGUAAAAUAAUAUUUGAUUAUUAUUUUGUGUAAAUAAUGUAUAUAGAUCAUUGUAAAUAUAUCAUGUUGGAUUAUCAUUGUACUAGAUUGUAUUGUGAUAGUACAUGUUAAAUAGAUCAUGUUACAUUAUCAUUGUACUAGAUUGUAUUGUGAUAGUACAGGUUGAAUAGAUCAUGUUACAUUAUCAUUGUACUAGAUUGUAUUGUGAUAGUACAUGUUGAAUAGAUCAUGUUACAUUAUCAUUGUACUAGAUUGUAUAGUGAUAGUACAGGUUGAAUAGAUCAUGUUACAUUAUCAUUGUACCAGAUUGUAUUGUGAUAGUACAGGUUGAAUAGAUCAUGUUACAUUAUCAUUGUUCCAGAUUGUAUUGUGAUAGUACAGGUUGAAUAGAUCAUGUUACAUUAUCAUUGUACUAGAUUGUAUUGUGAUAGUACAUGUUGAAUAGAUCAUGUUACAUUAUCAUUGUACUAGAUUGUAUUGUGAUAGUACAGGUUGAAUAGAUCAUGUUACAUUAUCAUUGUACUAGAUUGUAUUGUGAUAGUACAGGUUGAAUAGAUCAUGUUACAUUAUCAUUGUACCAGAUUGUAUUGUGAUAGUACAGGUUGAAUAGAUCAUGUUACAUUAUCAUUGUACUAGAUUGUAUUGUGAUAGUACAUGUUGAAUAGAUCAUGUUACAUUAUCAUUGUACUAGAUUGUAUUGUGAUAGUACAGGUUGAAUAGAUCAUGUUACAUUAUCAUUGUACUAGAUUGUAUUGUGAUAGUACAGGUUGAAUAGAUCAUGUUACAUUAUCAUUGUACUAGAUUGUAUUGUGAUAGUACAGGUUGAAUAGAUCAUGUUACAUUAUCAUUGUACUAGAUUGUAUUGUGAUAGUACAGGUUGAAUAGAUCAUGUUACAUUAUCAUUGUACCAGAUUGUAUUGUGAUAGUACAGGUUGAAUAGAUCAUGUUACAUUAUCAUUGUACUAGAUUGUAUUGUGAUAGUACAGGUUGAAUAGAUCAUGUUACAUUAUCAUUGUACUAGAUUGUAUUGUGAUAGUACAGGUUGAAUAGAUCAUGUUACAUUAUCAUUGUACUAGAUUGUAUUGAAUCAAUCUGAUUAAAACACAGAUCCUAUUCUGUUUCGUGGUUUCCCCUUGUCAGUGAUGCAGGACAGAGGGCCUGACAAGGACAGCUGUCUUGUCCUUUGGAUGAUACGAAAAACUGAGGUCCCGUGUAUACAUUGAAAUGCACGUAAAAGAUCCCUUUGCAGUUGGAAUUCGAUAUAGAGUAGGCGAUAGUGCCGCUGCCCGGGCAAAAUUUCCCUCAUAGCACACUGUAUGGCAUAUGCCGGUCUUCAUUAGCCCAGAAUAGGAGCAGAACAGUAGGACGUUAAACCCCAUUUCAUUUCAUUUCCUAUUUCGUUUCAUUUUUUAUAGUUGAAACUUUAGAUUUACUUGUCUUUACUACACUAGGAUCUGGAAGAGUUGUUAUAUAACCCUCGUUCUGUAUGAUGUGAGUUGUUAUAUAACCUGCGUUCUUUGAUGAUGUGAGAGAUUAGCCAAUGAAACGGUCUGUUACGGCGAGUUUUUGGCCUGUGAUGCACGAAACUGUGGGUAUCCCACUAGAAACAACAACGCUGAUUCGAUAAUCAAAUGUCUAACGUCAUAGGGUCAAAAGCUGCUCGUAUGACCUCUAACGGAACCUUCCACUACGACCGGUCAGAUCGAGACCAUCGAAAGUAUAAAAAAACAAAACGAAAUAUAGAUGUGUAUUUUAAUGAGAUCGGUUAAUUAUUGAAUUGUGAUGGUACAGGAUAAAUAUAAGGUACAAUGUUUGCCGAAAAUUAAACUUGUUUUAGAUGAAAAUUUAUUUAACCAUUUUGACAACAGAUCACUAAUGAUUUCCCCAUUGACUUUAAUGUUAAUUCUCGUCUUUUAGACAGGUUCCAACUUUUUCCCAAAUUUUCGUUGGGUAGAAUGCAUCAAAAUCAUGAAUAUUCUCCAAAACCUGACAGAAAACGUAUUUCCAAACCCCUUUCUUUCAUUCUUCACCAAAAAAGUCAACAAAAAACACAAUGGAAAAAGGGUGGGGGGGAGGAGGGAGAGAGACUAAAAAUAACUUUCUCCCUUCAUUUGUUGGCAACUGCGUAGGAAUAUUUGGUGAGAUGUGUCCCAUAUUUAUGGUGUUGUCACCUCGGUUUAUCUGUUGCAGAGUUAGCUCCCAUCACUGAAACCUUGGAGAUCUUAUUUUCCACACUGAUCAGCAGUGAAUAUGUGACUUAAUGAGCCCCAAAUAUUAACUUUGUUCCUCAGACAAAUUCUAAAACAUUUUUUUUAUGUAUUAGAAAAAUAAAUAAAGAAAUUUGAAAUAUUUGUAGGUAAAAAUUAUUUCCUAUUUAGUGUAAAUGGGUAUUAAAAUGAGUAAAUGGCACCAUUCUGCCCGAACCAGUAAUGUCUUAUGUAAACAGUGCACUUGCCGUUCAGUCAAUGACUGACGCCGCGUGAUGUGACGUCACGUGUUGAAGACAGUCAUCUUCACAGAGAUAUUAGAAGACUUUUGUAAUUCACUGUGAAACAGAUUGCGACUUCACCUAAAGAAAGAGCAGUGCAUACUGCCCAAAUUCAUGAUUUUAAAAAUGGCAGUUCACUAGAUUCAAAUGUCCAUUAUUUACUUAAAUUUACUUUUCUAGAGAUUUAUUACUGGAUUGAUAUAAAUUUGGAACGGUAGGACGUUAAACCCCAUUUCAUUUCAUUUUGUUAAUAUAAAGUUGGGUUGCAUCUUAAAGAUACAUUAUCUAAGAGCUAAAUCUGCCAAUUGUAGAUCUUUUUUCUCGCUUCAAAUGGUAUGUAAAUUAGUUUACAUGACACGCCCACAAUCAACUCUCUAGACCAGCAAUUGGUUAAGAUAUUUAGUUGAUUGCCAUGUUGUCAUUAAACUUUAAAAUGGAUGUCACUCACAGAGACGACGGUCGAUUGAAGGACUACGAGUCAAGACUUUAUUCUUAUUACAGUGACUUUGGCACUUGACAAUUUCUACUACUUGGGCUAUUCUUGUCAAAACAUCAAACAUUAAUAACUUCGCUGAGAAUAAAGUAAUUUGACUGAAAUUUUCAAUAUAAUCAUUUUUCAUUAUCUAUUUUUAAACUAUCACAGAAAUAAUGGCCAUCUCUCUAUCUCAAUCUUACAUAAUAUAUGUUUAAUAAUAUUGUCUAAUGGAGUGCUACAUCACAGAAAUGUUAGUGGUGUUGGGCUGGUGCUUAGUAUACUCACUGAAUGAUAUAUGGGACUUGUACAAAAUUUAUAACUAUUUCAGUAUGUAGGAAUAAAUAUGGUUGUUUUAUUA